AUGGCCGCCUUCAUCCGCCCCUCCUCCGGUGCCAUGAUGGGAACAAUCAUGAGAGUCCCAGCUGUCUACUCUGCAAAGUCAGCACCGUUGGCUUUGACUCUUGUUCGCCAGGCGCAAGUCACACAAUUUCAUAGCUCAGCCAAGAGGGAGAUUCUUACACCUUUGCCACAGGUUGUUAAGGGAACGAUGAACGAUGCUGCUCCUGUCCCCCACACUUCCCCUAGCCAUGGUAGCUACCACUGGACCUUUGAGCGCCUCAUCGCCGCCGGUCUUGUUCCUCUCACCAUCGCCCCCUUCGUCGGCGGCUCCCUCAACCCCGUUAUGGACUCCAUUCUCGCCGCCGGACUUGUCCUCCACUCUCACAUUGGAUUCCAAGCCCUUAUUAUCGAUUACUUGCCCCAACAACGAGUCCCCAAGACCCUCGCACUGUUCAAAUGGGGUCUACGCGCUGCCACCCUGACUGUUGCUGUUGGAUUGUACGAAUUCGAGACGAAUGAUGUUGGUAUUACCGAGGCGAUUAAGAGGGUGUGGACCGCAUAG